AUGGACCGGGCAUCACAGAUGAUCGAAGCUGUCCCCUUCCGGGCUCAGAUGACCAAGGCGAUGGACCUUCUCGUUCAAUAUUUCUCGCUCAUGAACACCAUCACAAAGGUCGUACUGGUGACACUGCUUGUGAUGGUUUUGCAGAGACACAAAUCUAAUAAGGCAUGUAAGCCUGCCCAUUUCGAUAUUGCUAUUAGAGCAGAAAUAGAGCGUCAGAAAAAAUUCGACGCUAUGUUAUGUACUUCAGACUUUCCUCCCGUUGAGCCAUUACGGAAGUUCGAUUGGGAAAAAACGGAGCCGCUCAAAUUGCGGCCAUACAAGCCCAAAUACCAUCUCACUAUGGCUCUCGAAAACCUCGACCCCAAUGAACUCAUCCUGAUGGACAAAACAUACAAAGAGAGAACCAACCUACGCCGCGAAUUACUCAAAAAGUACCCCGAUGUCGUCUGUCGCGUGAACAAGGAUGAUGAGGAAGAUCCUCGAAUCCGUACCGCUGUUAAGGAGCUCUACAGGUACAUCAUGGGUAUAUACCUCCCCAAUAGAUACCCCCAGAUGUUCAAACUUGUCCAGACAGACUUUGAAACUGGGCCUGCUCUCAUGGUCCGCAAUCUGACUACGAUGGAACUUUUCCCAAUACAAAUCAGCACAACCCGUUCGACAAGAAGCAUUCUGGAAACGUUAAUCAAAUCCGUGGAUGAAGACAUGUUGAUCCUGCUCCCGGAACGGAAUGGUGGUGAUGGCCAAGGAAAAAGAGGACAGAAGCGAGAUCACCAUGCGAAUAACGAAAAGGACAGUGACGACUUACGUAGUGAUUCAUCGGAUGAUGUCAUGUACGUCCUUGAGGCAUAUGCGGCAUGUUUCCCCUCAGGGUUCGAUACACGGGAAAAGCUUGGCAAACCAUUAGCUGAAAUUCAUGAGCUGGUACCUGGAUAUAAACAAAAGCUCGAGAAGAGCAUGGAUCGCUUUUUCCAUAAAUUACCAGCUGGCAAGUAUGUCAAGCGUGUCAAUUGGAGUGUUACGGUUGAUGCAGAACUGUUUUCGCCCUUUGGGGGGAUCCAUGCACACAAAGAAGAGGAAAUUACUCAACUCAAGCUUAAGGAUGUGGAUCUUGAUAAUACCUUCCUUCGUUGUGAGCGUCAGACUCUCUAUCGUCUGCCUCAGUCUGGGGCAAUGGUGUUUUCAUUCCAUACAUAUCGGUACCCCAUCCAAGAAAUUAAAGAUGAAGGGUCAGCCGAAGACCUAGCAACGGCAAUCGAUGGUGUUGAAAGUGGCAGCAUCCCAGAAAUGGCGGUCUAUAAACGAGUACCAGCAUGGGGAGAAGCCAUCAAGGAGUUUCUGAGGAGUUGA